AUGGAAGAAGCAAUCCUCUACAUAAUUGUGUGCACUUUCUUUCUAAUUUCGGCUAUGAAGUUGAUUUUACAAACAAGAAAACAGCAAAAAAAACUUCCACCAAGUCCACCUUCUCUUCCAAUCAUAGGCCAUCUCCAUCUCCUCAAACCACCCAUUAAUCAAACUCUUCACCAUCUCUCCCAGAAGUAUGGCCCCAUCAUCUCUCUCCGCUUUGGCUCCCGCCCUGUGCUUGUCGUCUCAUCACCGUCGGCUGUCGAAGAAUGUUUCACCAAGAACGAUAUUAUUUUUGCCAAUCGCCCUGAAUUCUCCAUUGGCAGGUAUGUAAACUACAACAGCACCACCCUUGUCGCUGCAAGCUAUGGCGACAAUUGGCGCAAUCUCCGUCGCAUAAGCACUGUUGAAAUCCUAUCAUCUAAUCGUCUAAACCAAUUUCGAAGCAUCCGAAGGGAUGAAGUCAGUACAUUACUUCACUGGCUUCAUAAGGUUUCUUGCCAGGGCUUUGCUAAGGUAGAGCUGAGAUCGAUGUUUUUCGAUCUGACCACUAACAUAAUAAUGAGAAUGGCUGCAGGGAAGAGGUACUACGGUGAAGAUGUGAAAGAAUCAGCUGUAGAGGAGGGGAGAAAGUUCAGGGAGAUCUUACAAGAGUUUGUGGAGUGUAGUGAGCUGACCCAUUUGGAAGAUUUGUUUCCAAUUUUGAAGUGGGUUGAUUAUGAUGGAUUUGUAAGGAAACUGGUUAGGCUUGGUCAAAAAGUUGAUUGCUUCAUGCAAGGAUUGAUUGAUGAGCAUAAAAUUGAUAAGGAUAGGAACACAAUGAUAAAUCACUUACUCUCUAUGCAAGAAUCGCAGCCUCAAUACGAUACUGAUGAAAUCAUCAAAGGCCUGAUUCUGAAACACCAGGUCUAUACAACCCAUAUAUAUGUUGCCUUGUGGAUACAAUCAUCUGCUUUUAGGCGAGUUUUUGAAACAAAAGUAGACAAGGUUCUUCCUUAA